AUGAAUCCUGAGGAUCCCCCAUCUUUGUUUAUUCCUAAUGAGGUCAUUGAAGAAAGUUUAAAUGAAUGGAAAUUUAGUUUGAUUGGGAGACUUGAUUUUGUUAAACUGAAGAUGAAUGUUGCAUCUACUUUUUUAAAACAACAAUGGUCUUUAAAAGGUUCUCUGCAAUUCAUACCUCUGGGAAAAGGUUUUUUUAUCAUCAAAUUAGAUAAUGAAGCAGAUAGAAGCCUUAUCUGGAAGGGGUUAUGGAUGGUUGAAUCCCAAACUCUGAAAGUCAGAGCAUGGGAACCAAAUUUCAAUCCAGAUAAUCAGAAAACCUCUUCAUCUUUUAUGUGGAUAACAUUUCCUGGUCUAAGUAUAGAAUAUUGGAAGGAAAGAAUUCUCCUACAAAUGGGUAGUAAAUUUGGAAGAGCAAACAAAGUAGAUGAGAUCACUUUAAAAAGAGAAAUUAGCUAUUAUGCAAGUGUGUUAGUAGAAGUUGAUUUUGCAAAAUUCAUUCCCAGUAAAAUGGUAGUAGAAUAUAAGUAUGGGAAAUUUGAUCAAGCUAUGCAAAUCUUAAAGAAGCCAAUAUUUUGUAAUCACUGCUUCAUUAUAGGACAUUUAACAGCUGAAUGCAGAGUAAAAAGAGAUGAAUCACAAAAUACUGAAAAUCUGCAAGAAGUUUUACUAGAAAAACCAAAGAAGCAAUAG